CUCCUGCAGCUGCACAAGUUGAAGGUUGCAGAGUAAUUUCAGGCAUUAUUAGCAUCACAGAGACAUUAUUUUAGAGUCAUGCUGGGCUUCACGAUCAGAGAAGUCUCCCAGGCUUUUCGAGAGGGCAGAAUUUCGCCCACUGAGUUAUGCCGAAAAUGCCUGAAUCACAUCAAGGAAACGAGACACCUCAAUGCCUACAUCAAAGUGACAGAAGAGCUGGCUCUAAAGCAGGCAGAAGAAUCUAAGGACAGGUUCCUCAGAGGGGCACCUAAAGGUCCUCUAGACGGAAUCCCGUUCGCUGUAAAGGACAACUUCUGCACAGAGAACAUUGAGACAACCUGCGCCUCAAGGAUGUUAAAAGGUUAUAGGCCUCCAUUCAAUGCCACUGUGGUUCAGAAACUCUUGGACCAAGGUGCUGUUCUUUUGGGGAAAACUAAUCUAGAUGAAUUUGCAAUGGGGGCAGGCAGCACAGACAGCGCCUUUGGGCCGGUUCGGAACCCCUGGAGCUACUCCGACACCUACAGGGAUCAGAGCAGGGCAGAGCCAGACUCUGAUUGGGUGAUCACAGGAGGAAGCUCAGGGGGAAGUGCUGCUGCUGUGGCCUCUCUGAGCAGCUUCUUAGCUUUGGGUUCAGACACAGGCGGAUCCACCCGUAACCCGGCGGCUCUCUGCGGCAUCGUGGGGCUGAAACCCACCUACGGACUGUUGUCCCGCCAUGGCCUCAUCCCGUUGGUCAACUCAAUGGAUGUCCCAGGAAUCUUGACCAGGAGUGUUCACGACGCAGCCACUGUCCUGGGUGUCCUUCAAGGCCUUGAUGUGAAAGACUCCACCACUAUUUAUCACCCAGCCCCACACAAUGACCUUCCUGAUGACAUUGAUAUCAGAAAGGUGUGCAUUGGAGUACCAAAGGAGUACCACGCCCCAGGCCUGUCCCGGGAGACAGUGUCUCAGUGGAGCCACGUGGCAGACCUCUUUGAGAGGGCGGGGGCAACAGUGAGAGAGGUCUCCCUCCCCCACACUCAGUACUCCAUCGUCUGCUACCACGUCCUGUGCACAGCGGAGGUGGCCUCCAACAUGGCCCGUUUUGAUGGCCUGGAGUACGGCCACAGGAGCGCCAUCAGCAGCUCCACCGAAGCUCUGUAUGCCACGACCCGUCAUGAGGGCUUCAACGACGUUGUGCGGGGAAGAAUCCUCUCGGGGAAUUACUUCCUGCUGAAGCGAAACUACCAGCACUACUUUGUGAAGGCGCAACAGGUGAGGCGCCUGAUUGCCAAUGACUUCACCCAGGUGUUCGGCUCAGGUGUGGACAUGCUGCUCACGCCCACCACUCUGAGCGACGCCACGAGAUACUCAGACUUCACACAGGAGGACAAUCACACACGCAGCAUGCAAGAGGAUGUCUUCACUCAGCCCGUCAACCUCGCAGGUCUUCCUGCGGUCAGCGUCCCAGCUGCACUGUCACAGAGGGGCCUUCCAAUCAGCCUCCAGCUCAUAGGCCGCGCCCUGCAGGACAGGAAGCUGCUGACAGUGGCCAAGUGGCUGGAGCGGCAGCUGGCCUUCCCCCAAAUCCAGUUGGGAGGGUUGGAGGCGAGGGACCGUGGGAGGAGCCCGGGGGUCAGCCAGAGGGAGCAGACGUCUGCUGCUUGAGCAGGUCCACGAUCAGAGACAAGCUGCCUGCGUCUACAAAACCCCCAGCGUGCACAUCCCUGGCAUUAACGAUUUUAUGAUGAGAUACCACAGCCUGGACUGCUUGGAAAAACAGGACCCUAAGCAAUGAGCUCGUAACAUGAGGGGCUUGAGUAUCAGACCUCGUAUAGCGUCAUGUCAGAGGGAUAAAGUGCCAGAGAAUAGCCCGGUGUCAGCGCUCCAACCAACUGCAUGCUGUUGAUAACUUCACUGUGUUUUGUGCACUGAUGGAAGAAGGUGUGGCAAAAUGCAGCAAAUGCAGGUGUUACAAACAGUGAUUGUCUUGAUUUAAGGUUUCUAAUAAUUUGAACCCUGGGAGCUAAAGUUCUUUAGUGUUUUCCUAUCUGUAAUGAAUACUUUUCAUAUCAUAAGGAUGGUUGGCUAGGCCCGUACAAAAAUGAAAUAUAUUCUAAUAUAUUGAGAAUAUGUUGUUCGGCCCAAGAAUAUACUGCAUAUAGAUUUCAAAUCUAUUAAUUUAAAUCAGAAAUGUAUGUCAACAUACUAAAAUAGCAGUAAUUUACACAUUUUAAAUAUUUUGAUUGAGCUAAAAAUACGUUCUCAAUGUAUUUCAGCUAUAUAAUUUUUUUAGUAUAAGAUGGAUUGAACACAAUUGCAAACAUGUUUGGAGAACAUCAAUCAUGUUGUGAAAGAACGGGCAGAAAACUGGUCUGCUCUGUCUGAAUGAGCAGACAUGUUUCGUGCUAAAAUGGCAGCGGUGAGGGCUGAGCAGAGCACCGCAGAGCGGAGCGUUUGCUCACUUCCUGCCACAAGCCACCCACGUGUGCGGUGAAGCACCCUUCAUCAGAGAUGAGUGAGGCCGAGGCGCAGAGUCAUGGCAACGACCCCAGGAUAGAUCCU